AUGCUUGGAAAUGUCCGAUUGUUGAUUGGCCAGCUGUCUCGCCCCGUUCGAACAGCCAAUCAGCAUCGUCGCAAUCUGACCCAAAACGAGUGUCAUCAGCCCAGCGGCGUCGAGGCUGAGUGGACCGACAAUCAGGUACAAAAGACGUCACUGUCCGGCCAAGCAGACACUGGACGUCUAUAUCAACUGCUAUUCGCAUCCGUAUCUACUUCUACAACUCGCAUCCAAUUCUACACUUACUCACACGCAAUCUCUUCUUCUUUGACAAACACCACAAACACCAUCAUCAAAAUGACUGUCAAGGCCACCACCUGCUGCCGCCAGGGCACCGACGCCGAGUGUGCUUGUGCCCAGAAAGCCACCUGCUCAUGCGGCGAGCAAUCUGCUCUUCACUGCACCUGCGCCAAGGCCACCACUGAGAACGUCCUCGAGGGCCCACGCUGCUCAUGCCGUGCUCGUCCUGCCGGCGAGUGCACCUGCGACCGAGCCUCGACGGAGAAUGCGCCCGUCUCAGGCUCAACCUGCCAGUGCGGUGCUCGACCAGCUGCUGGCUGCACUUGCGAGAAGGCCGCCGAUGGCACUUACAAUCCCGCCAACGAGAUCGACUUCACCAACUUCGCCAAAUAA